AUGGCGUUAAUCAAACGCUAUACGUGUCAAGUUGAUGAUAGAUUUUUUUUAGCUAUCGACGAGCUGUUAGUGCGCCAAUCAAGAUUUUCGUUAAUACGAGGAUGGCACUUCAUUAAACAAUGUCGUGAUAAAAGGCAGUUAACGAUCUAUGUAAGAGUGAGCGGCGAGCACGUGCUGCCAUCUGUCACAGGAAGAGGCACUCGAGCGGACGAUGGGCUUCAUGAGGGCGAGGAACGUGGCACAGGCGCGAGGCACAGAGCACAGGCACAGAGCACAUGCACAGAGCACAGGACGGCAGAAUGCCUUAAAUCUAGGUACCAAGUUAUUAGCAAACAAUACAAGGAAACAUUCACAACCAGAGGCCAGGUCUCAGCCAACAGACGACAGUAA